GAGCCGGAGGGCAUCUCUCUGAAGCGGGUCGCUGUGGUGGAAGAUUUCUUUGACAUCAUCUACUCGAUGCAUGUGGAGAGCUCAGCGGAACCCGGCAAAGCCCCCAAGCACGCUGGGCAGAAGAAAACCUACCGAGCGAUCGCAGAGACCUACGCCUUCCUCCCGAGAGAGGCUGUGACCCGGUUCCUGAUGAGCUGCACGGAGUGUCAGAAGAGGAUGCACUUUAAUUCUAAUGGCCUGGAACCCAAAGAAAACGAGCCUCCGUCUCCUCUGGUCUCCGGGAUUAUUGACUACAACAUGCCCCUCACCUCCACGUACCUGAAGCAGAUGAAGCUGCGGGUGAUGAAUUCCCAGGAGCAGGAUGAGACGUCUGUGAGCAGUGAAGAUUUUGAUAUGAACGACUCCACAUGGAUGUCAGCUGACCCACACCUGGCCUCCAGCCUGAGUCCCAGCCAGGACGAGAGGAUGCGGAGCCCGCAGAACCUGCACAGCCAAGAGGACGACGAUUCCUCAUCUGAGAGUGGCAGCGGCAAUGGCUCCUCCACCCUGAACCCGUCCACUUCAAGCAGCACACAGGGUGACCCCGCCUUCCCUGAGAUGAAUGGCAACGGCGCUGUGGCCCCCAUGGACUUCACUGCCACUGCCGAGGACCAGCCCAUCAACCUGUGUGACAAGCUCCCACCGGGCACAGCGCUCGGCACACCCUCCUACCCCUCAGAUGGCUGCAGCACCGACGGGCUGCGGGGCCGUGUCAAGUAUGGAGUGAAGACCACCCCGGAGUCCCCCCCCUACAGCUCUGGGAGCUACGAUUCCAUCAAGACCGAGGUCAGUGGCUGCCCUGAAGACCUGACGGUGGGCCGGGCCCCCACAGCAGAUGACGACGACGAUGACCACGACGACCAUGAGGACAAUGACAAGAUGAACGACUCUGAGGGCAUGGACCCUGAGCGUCUUAAGGCCUUCAACAUGUUUGUGCGUCUCUUCGUGGACGAGAACCUGGACCGCAUGGUGCCCAUCUCCAAGCAGCCCAAGGAGAAGAUCCAGGCCAUCAUCGAGUCCUGCAGCCGGCAGUUCCCCGAGUUCCAGGAGCGGGCCCGCAAGCGCAUCCGCACGUAUCUCAAGUCCUGCCGGCGCAUGAAGAAGAAUGGCAUGGAGAUGACCCGGCCCACGCCUCCCCACCUGACCUCAGCCAUGGCAGAGAACAUCCUGGCAGCUGCCUGUGAGAGUGAGACAAGAAAAGCAGCCAAAAGGAUGCGCCUGGAGAUCUACCAGUCCUCGCAGGACGAGCCCAUAGCCCUGGACAAGCAGCACUCACGGGACUCCACAGCCAUCACCCACUCCACCUACUCACUGCCAGCCUCCUCCUACUCCCAGGACCCCGUGUACGUCAACGGCGGCCUCAACUACAGCUACCGCAGUUAUGGGGCCCUGAGCAGCAACCUGCAGCCCCCAGCUUCCCUCCAGACAGGAAGUCACAGUAACGGGCCCACGGACCUCAGCAUGAAAGGCGGGGCCUCCACCACCUCCAGCACCCCCACGCCCACCCCCUCCAGCAACAGCACCAGCAGGACCAUGCCCACCGCCCAGCUCAGCCCCACGGAGAUCAGUGCUGUGCGGCAGCUCAUCGCGGGCUACCGGGAGUCUGCUGCCUUCCUGCUGCGCUCUGCAGACGAACUGGAAAACCUCAUUUUACAGCAGAACUGACCCCACCAGCACCUGGAGUGCACAACCCUAGGGAAGGAGGCUCGCUCAGCCCGGACCUGGCUUCUUGCCUCACCAGUUGGUACAUUUUGUUCUUUGAAAGAGGUGGGAUCCAAAAGCGCUGUUUCUAGCCACACUCCAAGCACCUGAGACUUUGGGCACAAGGACACUUUUUUUUUUUUUUUUUUUUUUGGAAUCUCACCACACGGGUGCUCUGACCUGCUUGGAAGAGGCCAAGGGGGCAGCUCUGGAAGGGUUGGGGCUCCCCUGACGAGGCGCUGGGGCUGCAGCUCUAUUUAGAAUCACCUUCGUGGACCCUGAUGUUAGAAUCCCACCCCAGAUAAUUACCUUUCAAGUCUUAGGUGAGCAGAAUUGCAUAUUUAUUGAGAAAAACAAAGUGGACCCUUUCUUCCUCUUAGUAAUUUAUUUUUCUGAAAAUGGAUUCUUUUGUGUUUGUACAGAUUGCCAGUCUGUGUCUGUCUGAUCAGAAGGAUGUAUCCCAGUACCUAACAUUCCAUAUCACUACACUGAUGCGGGCUGGGGGCCAGCAGGGCGGGGUGGGUGCCAAGCUGGCUAUCCCUCUGAGUGCCCAGCACACCCUGGGGAAGGCCACCACCCCUUGGCCAGGCUGUCCUGCUGCAGAUCCCAGUGCUGUCACAGGGACACCAUCAGGCACCGCCAAGCAGGAGGACCUCAUCUACACCCAUUGCAAAGCAAAACAAAAAAGGCACUCACCCCAUUCUACAGAAGCCCCAGUCACAUGGUCACCUGUAUUCUACCUCACACUCCAGCGUGGGCUUUUUCCAGGAUGUGCCCUGAGCCUGAUCUGAACAGCUGUCACCCCAACUCCCCCACACAGUGUGUCUGCCUGGGAGGUAAGUCGAGACUGGGUGUCCAGGAGCUGGAGCCCAGAGGGUCCCGUCCCUCUUAACCAGCAGCAUGCAGUCCCCUGGUCCUCUCAGCUGCUUGACAGGACAGUGCUGGGAAAUGGCAGCGAGUCACUAGGGCUCUUGUCUUCACCCUGCUGCCAGGGAGCCAGGUCUGAACACUUCUCUGCACAGGCCCGGAGCCCUCAGGCACCUGCCAAUAAGGGCCUGUUUCUUCAGGCAUCAGCUGCAAGUUCCGGGGCAGACUGCAGCUCCAUCCCCUCGCCCACAGCUGGAGUAAGGGGAUCAUCAGUGAAAGCGGAGAAGCCACUUGGGUUCUCCUAGGACCAGCCCUUCUUCUAGAGGGGCCAGUCCUGGAAGAAAAAUCCCAUAAUCCCUGGAGUGUGAAAAAGGGCAAAAAGGAAAAGCUAGCCUGGUUUCCUUCCUCCCUGAUAGGCACUUCCUCUUGCUCAGUGCAAUACCUACCAGUGCUGCUAAAACCAGGGAUUCGCCCAGACCUCACCAGGCCCACUGGGCCUCUCCAUGCAACACUCCGUAGCCAUGACAGCAGCUCUCUGCUGCCGGCCCCUGCCCAGAGCUGGCAGAAGCCCUCUGUUGCCUUUCCUCCCUCAGAGCAAACAGGCCCCAGGGAAGCCAGGGCUGAGUGGGCCCUAGGGUGGCCACAGAGAGCCACUCCAUCCCAGAGCAGGCACCCCUUUCCAAACCAGCUUUUCUUCAGCCGACUGCCUACGGCAGGCGUGGCCACUGCCUCCCAGCACCGUGGCAGACCACCCCUUGGGAGGGGCAGGGGCGUCACUGUGGAUGCCCUGUCCUGCCUCAAAUCCAGAAACCCUGAAAGGCAAGGUGCCCACCCUGUGCUUACUUCCAGCCUCUGGAGGAUGGGGGUGGUCUUAUCUCUGUCAAGUGGCCUCCAAUACCCACCCAGCCACACCACCUCUGCCUUCCAUCCGACCAAUCCCCAGGCCUCCAGUCAGGGCUGGGACACCCUCAGCACAGCACAAACUCCAGUGCCCGAGGCCUCUCCCACCCCCCCAGCCGUCCACAUGUUCAGUCCCCACCUGCUCAGUACUACUCCCGGACAUUUGGAUUUGUGUAAAUAUUUAUUUUUGUGUGUGAACAAUACUACAAAGUAAUCAGUAGACCUUUUGCAAAAUGUUACCCCAGGCAAUUUGUGAAAAUCUUAAUGUUAAAAACUGGCAGAGACAAUCGCCGCCCUAGAAUUCCUGAUACCAAUUGCUUAUGUCAUUUCUCCUCCCAGAGGCAGUACCCAAGCUAGACACAAACAGUUUGUAUUUCUUGGCAGACAGGAGCGAGAAAGACAGGGGAAGGGCUCCCUCCUGCCAUCACACAAAAGGAUUAGAUCUAAAGAGCAGUGUAAGCUGCAGUUUGAAGCCACAUUGUUCUGAGUUCAAGCUGUUGUGACUGACCACCUUCAGCCUGCGGUACAUGCGUAGGUUCGAUGUGUUCAAAGAGAAAGGAAACCAAUACCCAUGAUAAAGGUCCAUUGGGGCUCCCAGGGGCCGUCAGGACAGUGGAUUCCAUCACGUUGACCCCACUUCUUGGGUGGGGUCCUUCCCAGUGAAGCCCUGGAGAUAGUAGAAUCGGGAGCAAGUUACUGCGUGGAAACAGGAUUCCAUUCCUAGUUCAAUCAGGGAACUUGUUCUGUUUUGCAUUUGUCUUAAAAGAUGCAGCUUCAAUCCCUUCCCUCUACUGCUGACUUGGAGAGUACCAAAGAGCUGGUUUGAUGAACCUAGCUCGCUGUUGUCCCACCCUCACCCAAGGGACUGCCUUCUCCCAAAGGGAGAUCUCAAAGCCCUGUCCCACAGCCACUUAAAUAUCUUAUGGAAAGCCUCAGGGCACAAAGUAAUCAUUUGGGAUCCUAAAUUAGAAAGGAAAUGCAAGAGUAGGAUGCACCAGUUCUGAGUCUUUGCAAGGGGCUAAUCCCAUGAGAAGGGUAGACUCCAAGAAGGGGCAUUUGGUGUUAGUGGGAGAUCAUCUAGCAGACCAGUGAUAGUGUGCAUAACCCACCUGAAAUUCACUUUACCAUCACCAUUUGUACUAACAGACAGUUUAUUCCCAAGGACAGUGUUGAGGGGGAGAAGGACAGGGAGAGGUUUAGGAGGAUUUUAGAGGAUUUCAGACAGGUGGAACCCAUCCAUCCCUAUUCCCAAGGGCCACUUAUGACUCCAGGGGUGAUUAUAGGAUUAACUACCAGUUCACUUUCAAAAUGCUGCUUUGAACUCAGAGGGUUGAUACUUUUAAUUUGUAAUUUUUUGUAAAACUUUUUACAAGAUAGUAAAGUAUUUCACCAGAAUACCAGUUUCAAUCCGUCCAUGGUCUGAUUUUUAUAUAAUUUAGUGGUGCUUUAGGAACUUUGUUUUUGUUGUUUCUGAGCUAAACAGCUCAAUCCUUUUUCGCCUGUAUCUACCUAAGACCAAUGUGAACCUUUGUAUUUUUGCUCCUAAUUUUGGACUCAGUGAAAGUGUACUGUUUACAUGUACAGAUGCCCCCAGUCCCUGUGUGUUCUGCAAGACUCGCUCUUGAGGAGGAAGAUGCACCUCACUAAGCUCAUCUGCUUAGCAAAGCCACAAGACAAAACCUCUCACUUUUUACCUAUGUUUCCACCUAAAAAUUUUUUUAAAAAACCCUACACCACACAGAACUCAGAUUUGCUGAAAAAACACUUUCCCCCUGGUAGAGGGCAUAUAAUGCCUCUAUCAUGUGGUCCAUUUAGGAGUUGUCAGAAUAGAGGCCUCCUGUCAGCUGCUGGUGGAAAACUUCAUGGACAGAUGAAAAGUGAAGGCAGGUCUUCGCUGCAGAGCUGGGCAACAAAAUAGUUCUGGCAGCCUGGGAAUAGGAAGGUCAAGAUGACUCAUGUGGCCUUCAGGAUCAAGCCAACCAGGACUUAGGGAUAACCCAAGAGGUCAUCAAUCCUCUGGCAUAAUUUAGACAUGUUUUGGAAGUGCACGAGUUCCAUAUCUGGGAUGAGAUUUUAAGAUUUUCAGUGCAGAUGGUACAAGCAUUUCUUCAGGGUUCCUUCAGAGGCAGCUCAUUAAUGAGGCACCACCUCUGGGGAGGGGCAACGGGCUCCAGACAUUAAGCAUAUGGCACUUAAUGCUAACUGUGGAUGGCACCAACUUUUAAAGGUGACUCAAUCAAUGGCUUCAACUCUAAAUUAUAUUUUUACAGAUAUGCACCUAUGCAACUUAACGUGGCUCUUCUAAGCAGGUGAGGACUUCCUCCUCAAUGCUCUCUAUAAAAAUUAUUUGUGUUCAAUAUAGUGAGUUUUUCCAGUAAAUGUGGCUUAAUAUUUUAAUUCUUAGUGUCUUCUUUACGUGAUGCGACUAAAUUCUGUUUUGUUUGUGGAAUGACUAGCACAGGCCGACUCCCUCUCUCCCUCACUUAACAAAAGACCAAUGAGCUGUUAAUCGAGCUGUUAUCUCCAUGGUAUUACUUGCUAAAUGCACUGAUUUCAUAAGUAUGUGGAAUCCUUUUCCUUUUGAAUCUGUAUAUCAUAUAUAAGACUGAAUCUACUUAAUAAACACUGAACAACAAACCAAA